UCACUUCCGUCCGUGGGGGGAGCUGCGGCGGUGGCGGUGCAGGAGGCCGGGCAGGGGUGCGGAGGGACCGACGGACGCACGGGCGGGCGGCCAGGAGCCAUGGAGCGCGGCCCUGGGGCCCGGGGGCGCCGGCCGGGGUGGGCUUCCCAUGGCACGACAUGGAGACCUGUGGUUGCGAGGCUCCCUGGGGCUCGGCUUGGACCACGAUGGGGCUGGGCCCUGGCCUCCUAACGGGGCUGCUGUCUGGGGCGGUAGCUGGGGGGGCGCUCUCCCCCCUGCCCGCGACUCGGAGCACCCCCACCCCUCCCCUGCCGGGCCAGGCCGGGCGGCGUUGUUGGCGGGGGCCCCGGUGGAGGCCCGGCCCGGGCGGCGCCCACCAUGAACGGGCUGUCGCUGAGUGAGCUCUGCUGCCUCUUCUGCUGCCCGCCCUGCCCCGGCCGCAUUGCUGCCAAGCUCGCCUUCCUGCCGCCGGAGGCCACCUACUCCCUGGUGCCUGAGCCCGAGCCGGGGCCUGGUGGGGCCAGGGCCGCCCCCUUGGGGACCCUGCGGGCCUCCUCGGGUGCACCCGGGCGCUGGAAGCUGCACCUGACGGAGCGUGCCAACUUCCAGUACAGCCAGCGCGAGCUGGACACCAUCGAGGUCUUCCCCACCAAGAGCGCCCGCGGCAACCGCGUCUCCUGCAUGUAUGUUCGCUGCGUGCCUGGUGCCAGGUACACGGUCCUCUUCUCGCACGGCAAUGCCGUGGACCUGGGCCAGAUGAGCAGCUUCUACAUUGGCCUGGGCUCCCGCCUCCACUGCAACAUCUUCUCCUACGACUACUCCGGCUACGGUGCCAGCUCGGGCAGGCCUUCCGAGAGGAACCUCUAUGCCGACAUCGACGCCGCCUGGCAGGCCCUGUGCACCAGGUACGGCAUCAGCCCGGACAGCAUCAUCCUGUACAGGCAGAGCAUCGGCACGGUGCCCACCAUGGACCUGGCCUCGCGCUACGAGUGUGCCGCGGUGGUGCUGCACUCGCCGCUCACCUCGGGCAUGCGCGUCGCCUUCCCCGACACCAAGAAGACCUACUGCUUCAACGCCUUCCCUAACAUCGAGAAGGUGUCCAAGAUCACGUCGCCCGUGCUCAUCAUCCAUGGCACGGAGGACGAGGUGAUCGACUUCUCGCACGGGCUGGCGCUCUACGAGCGCUGCCCCAAGGCGGUGGAGCCGCUGUGGGUGGAGGGCGCCGGGCACAACGACAUCGAGCUCUACAGCCAGUACUUGGAGCGCCUGCGUCGCUUCAUCUCCCAGGAGCUGCCCAGCCAGCGCGCCUAGCGGCGGCCCCAACCAGCCAGACCUCAGCAAUAAGGCGGCCCCCGGACCUCACCCCGCGCCGGCCCCCCAGGGGCUGCAUGUGGACCCCCCAGGCGGCCCAGGGGACCCCGCCCCGACCCAGGGGCUGUGGACGAUGUACAGGCAACAGAGCUAUGCACUCCUUUCCUUUUGGAAGCAAGAAGAAAAUACGUGAAAACGGAAAUUAAAGAUUUAAAAUAAAA